CUGGAGUAAAUAAGGAGGAAGCUGGAGGCGAUGAGCUGCGGUUCCGGAGCGGGAUGUUACCGCUGUGUGAUCAGUGACCUGUUCACGGCUUCUUACCAUGCAGCCCGCUGAACGCAGUAUUAAUACAGAUUAUGGACACCAUGUGUCUGCUCAGGAGGAGGCCGCUCCACUGCUGGGAAACAGACCACAGAGAAGGUCGGCCCCUGGAACAUCUUUCGGAUUUUCCGUGUUCAACUUAAUGAACGCCAUCAUGGGAAGUGGCAUUCUUGGCUUGUCGUACGCCAUGUCCAACACCGGAAUAAUUGGAUUUAGUAUCCUGCUGCUAACAGUCGCCCUCUUGGCUGCCUACUCCAUUCACCUGUUGCUUUGUUUGUGCAUUCACACAUCUGUCACAUCAUAUGAGGACCUGGGCCUACUUGCGUUCGGCUCGCCUGGGAAGAUCCUAGUGGCGAGCACAAUCCUGAUUCAGAACAUUGGAGCAAUGUCAUCCUACCUGUUCAUUAUCAAAUCUGAGUUACCAGCCGCUAUCGCCGGGUUCUUGGCCGGUGACCACAGUGGGGCCUGGUACCUGGAUGGUAGAUUGCUGUUAAUAAUUACAGCUGUGUGCGUUGUACUCCCAUUGGCGCUGCUCCCCAAAAUAGGCUUUCUUGGCUACACAAGUAGUUUGUCAUUUUUCUUUAUGGUCUACUUUGCCAUUGUGGUUGUGAUUAAAAAAUGGUACAUUCCAUGCCCUCUUCCUGUGAAUCAUACUUUGGCAUACGCGGAGAUUUCAAACAGUUCAGAAUGUAAACCAAAACUUUUUGAAUUUUCUAAAGAGAGCUCAUUUGCACUACCCACCAUGGCUUUCUCAUUUCUCUGCCAUACAUCUGUUUUGCCCAUUUACUGUGAGCUUAAGAGCCCCUCCAAGAGCCGGAUGCAGAAUGUCACUAACCUUGGAAUAUCUCUAAGCUUUCUUAUCUAUUUUAUUUCCGCACUGUUUGGUUACCUUACUUUUUAUGACAAAGUGGAGUCUGAACUAUUACAAAGUUACAGCAGAUUCCUGCCAAGUGAUCUCCUGAUUAUAACCGUCCGGCUCUUCAUCCUGCUUUCCGUGCUGCUGACCGUGCCACUCAUUCAUUUUCCUGCAAGAAAGGCUUUGCUGAUGAUGAUCUUCUCCAACCAUCGAUUCUCCUGCCUCCGUCACACAAUAGCGACUUUGUCCCUUAAUAUAAUUAUUGUACUUCUGGCCAUAUAUGUUCCGGACAUAAGGAAUGUAUUUGGCGUGGUUGGAUCCACCACGUCAACAUGUCUGCUGUUUGUGUUUCCUGGGAUGUUUUACUUGAAGUUAAGCUUUGAAGACUUCUUAUCCCGGCAGAAACUUGGGGCCUGUGGGCUGGUUGUUCUUGGUAUUUGUAUUGGUGCCUGCAGUUUAACACUAAUUGCCGUGAACUGGGCUUACAAUGAAUGAGAGGAUCACGCCAGAGUUUACAUUUGAACAGAAUGCGCAACGAUUUACAGCCAAGGAUAUCCAGUUUCAGGAGGGAAAUUGGUUGAGAAACAGUUUAUGUUGAAAGCACGACUCUCGUCCACACUACGGGUCUUCUGGGAAAGUAAACUUGUCAUAGCCUAAAAUAUGGGGGAGUGGUAAUUCCGUUUUAUUAAAGGGAGGGCUGAAGGGGAGAGUCAAGUGUGGAAUACUGCAGAAAUUUAGCCAGGAGGUUGGGUUUUUACUCUACAGUUUGGAUGCGUUUUUGGAGCCGCUGGGAGGUUUUACCUGUGGCUCCAAAAAUGCAUGAAAACCCAGCCUGAGGGUACGGCGAAGGUGGUGAGGAUAGCAGAGUAGCGGUAACCUCAUAGAAAUGAAUGGGAUCGCUGCACUAAUCUCUGGAUUUUCUUUGGGACUCGUGCAGCAAUCCCAUUCAUUUCUAUGGGAUCUCCGCUACUCUGCUAUCCUGGCCGUGACUUACGUCACCCUACCCUUAGAUAUACCUCCUCGUAUCACUGAAAAAUUUAAAUUUAUAUGGGUUCUGUCAAGCCUUUGCAAACUGUGGCUGACUAUAUGCAGUGAAUUUGCAACUCUCAGCAUAUCCCACCAGCUACUGCAGGUUAUGAUGGGAGUUGUAGUCUCACAACAGGUGCUGGUUGCAAACCACUGUUGUAAAGAAUAUUCUUGUUCUUUUAAUUAAGUGCCUUCAUUAACUUUCUCUUUUUUAAAAUUUUCAAUUUGGUUUUAUACAUGUAGUUAUUUUUUAUGUCUAUUUUAUGUUUGCAACCUCGCACACACCAAAGACAUAGGGAAUUUAGAUUGUGAGCUUCACUGGAGACAGCGAGCAAUGAUGUAAAGAGUAAAAUGAAUACAAACUGGUUAUAAGGGAGUAAGGCCUCUUGCACACUAACGUAUUAUCAUUCAGUUUCCGUUCCGUUUUUUUUGCGGACCGUAUACGGAACCAUUCAUUUCAAUGGGUCCACAAAAAAAAGGAAGGUAUUCAGUGUGUAUUCCAUUUCCGUACCGCUAAAAUAUAGAACAUGUCCUAUUAUUGUCCGCAUUACGGACAAGGAUAGCACUGUUCUACAAAGGGCCAGCUGUUCCG